UAAACGCGAAACGGAGUUCACGAAGCGUGACACGGUGACAGACAAACGAUCGAUCGAUCGCACGCACCGCGGUUUUCACAAACAACAGUGCAGCACACAAACCGAUGCCGCUCUAUUUUAGGAUACGGGAACGGGAACGUGAACCUAAAUAAAGCGGCCGCGCGCGGGUGUAUGUAUACAAUCGGAAACAUAACCCCAAGCAUCGACGAGAAAAAAAAACAAAUAAAAUUAAACAAACCCACACGCACACUAAUUAUGCUGCGCGCGAUUAAAACGCAAACGGACCCGGCAAAGUGUGGAGCAAAUUUACGCAAGCAACCACCCAAGAUAUGGUUGCGCUGCAGUGAGUGAGUGAGAGUGUGGCAAGCAAGAACCAGCCAGUUCACUUCUGGUGCAGUUUGGAAGAGCUCCGGAAGAUCGCUUCCUUCUUUCUAUCGCCGGUGGGCUGGGCUGGGAGAAAACAGUGUCCUUGAUAGAAAUGUGCCGCAAAGCAUACGCGCGCGCUCCACCAACGCCGUGGCCGCGUUUCCUACGCCAGGUGUCGUCGGUCGGUAAUUGAAAACAAAAGGUCGUGGCGCGAUCGUUGUGUUGUGGGCCGAACGGAAGUCGAUCAUAAUUUGUGGUCCCAGUUUUGUGGGAUACUCCUUCACCACCACCACCACAACGACAAUCAGUGAGAUGGUGCUGAACGCGACGACGAAACUGUUUCUGCUCGUGGUCGCCCUUUUCCUAACCUUCGUGGUGGGGUUCUUCGCGUACGUGCUCAGCCUGCGUCACGAGCGGGCGCGGCUGUGGAACGAGAUCGAGCGACGGGGCGCCGCGCGGUACACUGAGCUGGGCGACAUCAACUAUUGGUACUUCGUGGUGCGUGACAUGGACAAAAUACGCAACAUGACCGAUAUCCACUACCUCGAGCGGGCCUCGCACAUCGUGCCGGUGGACGACGGUUUCAUACUGGUCGGCAAGGAUUACGAAAUUCACUACGAACGGAUCCGUCCCCCGAAGUCCGCAAGCGGCAUGGUGGUCCACCAUCCACCGACCCACAGUCCGCCGCCCGCCUCGCCGGAUGCAGAAGAUUACAUGCCGACGGUGGUCAAGCGGAAGCUGUACGCUUGGGAAAUAGGCAAACCGGCACCACCGGCAGCCGAUGCUCCCACCGCCGUAGUUCGGACACGCUGGAAGCUGGGCGAACACCGAAUCCGGAAGCCGCCCACGGGAAACACAGUCCUGCCAUUCAACGACAUCGACGAGGGGCGCAAUGAGCAGUAACAGAGAGCACGCGUGAUAUGCGGGAGACGUGUUGUGUGAUCACCAAAAAUCUGUCCAACAUCGGGUGGCGAAGCAUUUACUUUCGCUCCGUGGAAAAAGCACUGAUAGUAUGCGACUUCCGAGGGAACUGAUGACAUUUUAAAUGGUGCUUGAUUACCUGACGGACAAUAUAUCGCGAACAUAUCGCGUCCCGCCAAUGGCAAAGAACACUUUCCAGUGCAUUGAAUUGGACAAACACAACGGCUGUGAAUCGAUAAGCUAUAGCGCAGGGUUAUGGACGUUAUUUUUGUUUUAAAUCGAACUUUUCAAGAAUUAACCCCGACGGGGUGGAAAAGACUGUAAGUAGCGACAGACAUCCAGUGACAAAACAUUCUUUCCGCUACCGCAUCGCGAAGGGAGUUCUUUUUUCGAGCUAGCAGAGUUGUUGAAAGGUUGUGAAUUGUGUGAAACAAUGGAGUGGAAAAUUCCCGAUUGUAUACGACUGUUGCCAUAACUUGAUCAUCAUCAAGUUGAGGUUCUUUGAAAGAGAUCGGCGGUCAUUUCAGAUCCUCGUGUGAGAAUGAGCAUCAUAAGAAUUCCAUCAUUGCAAAUGAACUUACAGACUUACACAGUCCACAUCGAUUCAUUGAUUGUUUCUAUACGUAUUCGUUUUAUAUACUGUUUAAUUGAACUUCCUUAAAAAAAAAAAGUUUUGCAUCAACGGAGUAAGAUAUGU